AUGGGCCGGGCCGGUGAAUUAGGUUCGGCGUCAUGUGCCGAUAUCUGGUUUUGGUUUUGUGGGCGGAUCGGUUUUGGAUCUAGGUUUUCCUUGUCGGUCGUGGCGUGUGGGUUGGAGAUCUGUUGUGAAGUUUCGCGUUUGUUAUUUUUGUUAUCGAAGCCAAGUCACUACAGUAUAACGCGGGGCGUUUCCUUCAAAGCUGUCAAUUGUACGGAGAUGGAAAUGACCCCUGAAUUAUUGUAUGGACAAAAUGUAUAUGUUCCAACUGCUGUAAAUUCCUACACAUAUGGUUAUGCAGAAGUUGGAUCACCUAUGGAUUGGUAUAACCAUCGGAACUCUCUAGGAUAUGAUGCUCAAGAUGUUUAUUUUCCGGCUUUCCAGACUGACGGCACACAGGUUGUUUACUAUGCUACCCCUGACAAUGGAUCAGUUCAUCCUUCCUACAGCCCUUACCCUAUGGAUCCUGGUUACAUAAUUGAUGGAUCUUAUCUGCCACAAGAAUAUGUCCCUGAUACUGACCCUACAUGCCAAGUAGUUCCCUCAUCAUAUUACAUUCCAUCUGUUCUUCCUUAUGCAGUAGAUAGUGUCCUAGGAAUCACUGCCACAUCUCUCCACCCAUCUAGUGUUGCAUUCAUUCCAAGCAUGCCAGCUUACGCUGUAACAUCCACAAAUCAUGUGUUACCUUCGAUGGCUCUUGUUGCCCCGAAAAAUGAUGUUGUUGUGAAUCCGCCUGUACAAUCAACAAUUGUCUCUUCAAAGCAGUUUCAGAAUCACUCAAUGAUACCAAUUGUUCAGUUGCAUAACUCACUUCCAAUGAAGCAAGAGCUGGGAAAUGGGUCCAUGGUGUCUAUUAAACCUCUUCAUACCCCACAGGCACCGACAAAUGUGCUUGACAGGCCAAUGGCUGCUGCCAAGCAUUCACCAAAGGCAAAAUUAUCUGGAAAUGAUUGUUUUGCAUGUGUCGGAUCUGAUCCUCAGAAGUGGGCUUCAGCUGAGAAAUUUCAGCCUACUUCAAAGUCGAGUGGUCAACUAAAGGCACAUGGCUCUAGUAAUGCGGAGAAACAUAGCGGCCAAAGGUCACCAGCCAUAGUUGCAAAAUCCUACACGUCAAGGUUGAUUGUUGGGAACUUAGAUGGGACAAUCCUUAUAAGACCUGACCAAUACAACGGUAAUGACCUCCAAGUGGACAAUCCCUAUGCAAAGUUCUUCGUUAUCAAGUCAAUUGGUGAGGCGGAUAUCCACAAAUCAAUUAAGUAUGGUGUAUGGUCUAGUUCCUCCAGUGGAAAUAGCAAGCUGGAUUGCGCAUAUAGGGAUGCUGACCGAAUAGCUAAGCGGAAUUCUACAAAGUGUCCAGUUUUUCUGUUCUUUUCUGUGAAUGGUAGCGGGCACUUUUGUGGCUUGGCCGAGAUGGUUGGUCCUGUCGAUUUUCAUAAGGACAUGGACUUCUGGUGCCAGGAUAAAUGGACUGGUUGCUUUCCUGUAAGAUGGCAUAUAAUCAAAGACGUACCUAACUAUACUUUGCAGAAUAUCUUGCUUCAGAAUAAUGAAAAUAAGCCUGUCACACACAGCAGGGAUACCCAAGAGGUCCCAUACGUUCCUGGAAUAUCUGUGCUCAAGAUCUUGAAGGAUAUCAAAGUGAAGGAGUGCCUAUUUGACGAUUUUAUGAGAUACGAGGAAGAUGAAGCAAGAAUUAAGCAGCGCAGAUGGUCCAAGUUGAGUCACAAUGCUCCAGAUUUUGUGCCUGUCUCACAGCGUAAGAGCGAUGCCUCAGAUCUUCAGCUGCCAAAAUUUGGUGGUGUGCUGAUAGACAGAACAUUGGAGAUACAGAACAUGUCAGAGAAGCCACAUGAUUGUAAUGGCAUCAAACAACAGGAUGCUGUUGAAAAACAAGUUGGUAGUGAGGCUGGGAAAGAAAAUGGGCAUCAAGAAAACCGUUGUUAUGGCAAGCAGGAUAAUGACAAAGCGCCUAGAUCUUCAACUAGCCAGCCACAAACUUCAACCUUGAAAAUGAGCAUGGAUGGGAAGCAACAAUACUGGAAGAAGGUGGAAAACCCUAAACCGAAUCCUGAUGGUGCUGGACAUGGAUCGUUAAAAUUGCGUGAGAGUGGAGUUAAUAUUAGCUCUGCAAUUGUCAGAUUGGAGGCACCCGAAGAUGAUUCAAUUGUUGCGAAAGUUGGUUCUCUUACAAUCAGUUCCAAGACAAGGAAGGCUGAAGAUAAGAGUCCCUUGGUUGAUGUUGUGACCAUUGGCUCGUUGCCAAUCCGGGUCAACAAAUCUGUUGCGUAG